UUAAUAGAAGAUAAAAGAGCGUAAUUAAUAUUUUGUCCACUUUGAACUGCCUUAAUUUGUGCAUGAUAAACUACCUUUACACCCACAGCUCUGUCAAUUAAUUUGAGAGUGGUAAUUUAUAGCAGCAUGAGGGGUAGGUAGUCUGUUAGUGCACGACUUUGGGGAUUUUCCCGGGGCACAUGUGCAGGGAAAGGCACUGACAGCCGAGUCGCGUAGGCGGUAGCAGAACUAUAAAAUCGGAUGUAUUUCAAUAAGAAGAUAAAACGUUUCUUUAGACUUCGUAGUGGUGGUUUGAUAUGGAUAGGUGCGCAAGGAACAGCGAGAUUCCUCACGAUACGUUGAUUUCAAUGGCGCAGCAAGAGUCUGUUGUGCUUUUGCUCAAACACUGUCAAGAAAUGAAGCGACAGGAGAGUCGCUUGCGUCUUGUCACGUUAUUCUUGGUUCUGGGUUGUGCAGCUGUAUUUGUCUUUACGCAGCGUGUGAAUAGAGACUGUAAUGAGAAGGAUUCAUUCAACCAUGCAGAAUACUCACGACAGCAAGCUAUAGAUCGUCAAGGACAGAACCUGAAGCCAAACGCUCACCUGACAACAUCAUCAAGGUGCAACUCCGUGCCUGAAGAUUACAUCAAAUGGGAACACCAGGAAACUGGCUUGGUGCACAUGCAAAAUUUCACCUAUGAUGAGAAGAAAAAUGCUCUGGUUGUCCCUCAGGGAGGCCGAUACUUUGUCUAUGUAGGGGUCAACUUUCGAAUGCCGCAUAAAGACAAGGUAUCUGGCGAGAUCCAUUUUCUUAGCCUGAAAGUCCUGAAAUUCUCCAAUAGAUAUCCAGACAAUUGCUCUAUCAUGGAAGUCAAGGAUAGCAUACCAGAUAAUAGGAGAGGAGCGAGGACUGUGUACACGGGACAGGUGGUUGCUCUGGAGGAAGGGGACCUCCUGAGGGUGUCCAUUAAUGAAGACAAUUAUGAACUGAUUGACUGUUCAAGAGAGACUACCAUGUAUAUUGGUGCUUUUCUCCUCUAGACAAGGAGAACAUGUCUAUUCCAAAAAUAUGCAGUCUGUGUGGAUUUAUAUGAUUUAUUUCCAUGCUUACUUUUAGUAGGACCAGUGCAUGUUUCAAGGCACAUUUUAAAAUCCUUGUGGAUACAAUGCUCCUGUAACAUGCAGGUAUUAGUUAAGGCUUUCCUUCUGAUAAAGCUGACCUUAUUUCAGGGUGGCAGGUAGCCUAGUGGUAGGGCAUUGGACUAGUAACGGAAAGGUUGCUAGAUCAAAUCCCCAAGCUGUCAAGGUAAAAAUCUGUUGUUCUGCCCCUGAACAGGCAGUUAAACCCACUGUUCCCAGGCCGUCAUUGUAAAUAAGAAUUUGCUAAGCUGACAUGCCGUGUUAAAUAAAUGUAUUCAUAUGUUCAUUUCAUAGUAUCUACUGUUUGCUACACAUUUCCUUUCUUGAUCAAGAUUAAUCAAUAAUUGUUGUUAAAUGAAAUAACUUAUUAUGAUUUUAUCAAUUCCUAACUCAAAAUGUUGCCUAAUUCUUUAACGCAUGAGUUUUGUGCAAGAGUCAAUGUAGGAUUUGACCCUUGGGCUACAGCCGCUACAGACAUAUGACGUUUUUAUUUUUGUGUCCCUCAAAAACUCAAGUAAAUUAUUUUCAGACGAGUUGCAUACACAUCUCUUGUCCAUCACCUGUCAAUGGAUUACUCCCAUACAAACCCAUUGGCUCAAUUAGCAAUUUUCUAACACAAGAUCUUUGUGUGGCCGUAGCCCUAGGGAAAGGUAUUAAACUCCCUUUACUGUAUGUUAUUCUGCCUGGAAGCAGAAUGUAUUUUUGUAAUUUGGGUGAAUUAUCCCUUUAAAUAUGUUACCAAGUGAACACUUUAUAUUGACCUUUCUGUGAAUAAAGUAUUUAAUUUCUGUAAAUAACAAA